UGUAUAUUUUUGGUUGUCAAUAAAGUAAUGGCUGGACUUCUGCACCUGACGAAACUGUGCAGCAAAAACCUCCCCUCCUCCAGUUGCCGCGCGACAUGCUACGGACUUUUUAAAGGAGCCCGCCACGUGCCAGCGAGAGUGCUGUACUCGUCGCUGGCCAGUGCUGACGAUAAUGCCAAGCGGAAAAAGAUCACACCCUUUACCCCCACGCCCGGUAGCAAGCUCCUGGGGGGCGUGUUUGGCAAGAAGGCCAAAGGUGCAGCCCAAGAAGGAGCUCCGACAACGCUGCAACGGCAACGGCAACGACAACGACAACGACAACGGCAACCGCAACCAGUUCAACUACAACAAUCUCGACAAUGUCACGUUCAUAUAGGGGGCAGCAGCGAUGGCGGCUCUGGCCUGGGCAAGCUGGACGCACCGGAGGUUACCUCCAAGGAUAUGAUGCGAGCGAUGAUGGCCUACAUUUGGCCCAAGGAAGAUCCCCUGGUGCGCAAACGCGUGGGCAUAUCCCUGGGCCUGCUGGCUGGAUCCAAGCUGCUGACUGUGUGCGUACCUUUUAUGUUUAAGGGUGCUGUGGACACCAUGACCACUUUAAACAUGGACACUGCGCCAGAUGCGGUGCUAUCCACAGCCACAGCCUUGCUCUUGGGAUAUGGCAUUGCCAGAGCCAGUGCCGCCGGCUUUAAUGAGCUUCGCAAUGCAGUGUUCGCGAAGGUGGCCCACCAUUCCAUACGGAAGAUAGCCAGCAACGUGUUCCUUCACCUGCACAACCUGGAUCUGGCCUUCCAUCUGAACAAGCAGACGGGUGCCCUGUCUAAGACCAUCGAUCGGGGCUCGCGCGGCAUCAACUUUGUGCUCUCCGCCAUGGUCUUCAACAUUGUGCCUACGAUCUUCGAGCUGGCUCUGGUGUCUAGCAUUUUGGGGAUCAAGUGCGGCCUGGCCUUUGCCGGAGUGAGCAUGGGCUGUGUGGGCAUCUAUGCCCUCUACACACUGAGCGUGACCCAGUGGCGAACACGCUUCCGUGUCUACAUGAAUCAGGCGGAGAACGAGGCUGGCAACAAGGCGGUGGACUCGCUGAUCAACUACGAAACGGUCAAGUACUUCAACAACGAAAAGUACGAGGCUGGCUGCUACAACGAGGUGCUGAAGAAGUACGAAGCGGCCAGCUUAAAGACGAGCUCCAGUCUGGCGCUCCUCAACUUUGGCCAGAACGCGAUCUUCAGCAGCGCCCUCAGUUUGAUCAUGGUGCUGGCCGCCAAGGAGAUCGUCCAGGGCAACAUGACCGUGGGAGAUCUGGUGAUGGUCAAUGCCCUGCUGUUUCAGCUGUCGAUUCCUCUUGGCUUCCUGGGCAGUGUUUACCGGGAGGUGCGGCAGGCGCUACUCGACAUGCAGUCCAUGUUCACGCUGAUGAACGUGGACAGUCGCAUCCAGACGGCGCCCAAUGCCCAGCCUUUGUUCAUCGACAACAGCAACUCCUCGAUUGAGUUUCGCAACGUGAACUUCGAGUACGAGCCCGGCAAGCCGAUCUUUAGAGAUCUCUCCUUCACCAUACCCGCCGGCAAGAAUGUGGCUUUUGUGGGUGGCUCUGGUUCCGGCAAGUCGUCGAUGGUGCGCCUGCUAUUCCGUUUCUUUGAGCCCAAUUCCGGCAAGGUUCUGAUUGGCGGCCAGGACAUAAGCUCUGUUGAUUUGGAGAGCCUGCGAAAGACGAUUGCCGUCGUUCCCCAGGACUCAGUACUGUUCCACAACACCAUCGAGCACAACAUCCACUACGGCAACCUGACCAAGUCGCACGAGGAGGUGCAGAAUGCGGCUCGCAUGGCCGAUCUCCACGACUCCAUCAUGAGCUGGCCGGCCAAGUACAACACCCAGGUGGGGGAGCGGGGACUGAAGUUGUCCGGCGGCGAGAAGCAGCGCGUGGCCAUUGCUCGCGCCAUCCUCAAAAACACGCCCAUUCUGAUCUUCGACGAGGCCACCAGCAGUCUGGACUCCAUUACGGAGCAUAAUAUCCUUCAGGCCUUGAGCCGCGCUACCUCCGGUCGCACCAGCAUUUGCAUUGCCCACCGCCUGUCGACAGUGAAAGAUGCCGAUGAGAUCCUAGUCCUCGAGAACGGCGGCGUGGGCGAGCGUGGCACCCACUCCCAGUUGCUGAAGCAGAACGGGCUCUAUGCCCGCCUGUGGGAGACGCAGACGCAGCAGUUCGACCCCAGUCGGGACACCGAAGACGAGUCCGUGCCCAAGAAGGCACGGGGCGUGGCGUAGUGCAGAUAAAGCCACAACGAUGCUUGGACAAUAUGUGUGUACGUGUGUUUGUGCGUCUCAACUCCUUGAUUCGGCCCUUCCUAACCCUCUAAAUUCAUCGUUUAUUCUGCAUCUCUGGCUGAGAUGGUUCGUUAUUGUUAGGCUAAAAGUAAUAUUGUGACAUUUGUAAAUACAGUUGUAAUUAGGAGAA